UCAGCUAACAUAAGAGGAGAAGAGAAGAGGAAGAGAAGAAAAGAAAAGAAUCCCAAUACCCAUUUCUCAUUCAAUUCAGAAGAGGCCCAUCAACAUGAUCAAACGGCAGCGCAUCAACGACAGCCAAUGGAUACCGUCAAUUCCCAUCGACCCCACAAAGACCCAUGAAACGGACGGUGAUGAUCGCAUCAAGUCACCACCACAAUCCCCACCCGUAAUGGCUCCAUCUCCAGGCCCGGACAGCGGCUGCAUGGAAACUGCUAAAGAGAGCGCUGAUAUGGAUACGACCGUACUUGAAGGAAGUGGCCGUGAGAAGCUACAGAGACAUCGAACUGAUGUAGCAGGCCAGGUCUGGAUACCAGAGAUAUGGGGCCAGGAGGAGCUACUGAAGGAUUGGAUUGAUUGCACCGCCUUCGAUAACUCGUUGGUCCCCAACGGAAUAAUGUCGGCCCGUGAGGCGCUGGUCGAGGAGUGCCGGCGGGCUCGGAUCGAAAACCGGUGUUGAAUUAUUGUUAGAAAAAGAAAAUCAUGCCGGCUGUUGAUGUUCUAAAAACUGUUUGUUUCUUACCCCAUUGUCCCUAUUUUUGUUAAUGUCAUUACAAAAGAGAAGAUAUUUGAAGAUAUUUCUAUGGUUUUAAUUUGAAGAAGGCAUCGCUGAAUCCAAUCAACUUCGAUAUUGGGUUAUA